AUGUCUAAUCUGAAGCGAUUGAAACUCUCCUCCCCCCGAAAUCCCAGAGGGUCAAUUCCUUCUCACGAGACAGUGGAAAUUCCAAGGAAGAAAAAUUCUCUACGCCUCAAGACAGAAGUAGACUGGAAUGAGGAUCUUCGCCCUACUGACGAUGAACACCAACCCCAGAGUAAGAGCGAGAUCGAGAGUCCAUCCAUUCCAUCCCAGGAGCUAUCCCGUGAGAGUGAAACAAAAAAGACCCAUGAUCUUCGGAAAAGUGGUCCAACGCCUCUAGCGGGGUCUACCAAGCGAAAAACCGCGAAGAAACGCGAAAAAAUGGAGAGAGACCGACCAAAAAUCGGCACACUGCCCCUAACUGCUUUAACUGCUGCUUCGAAAACCAAGUCCCGAGCGAAGAUUAUUGGCUCAGACCGUAAACUUACACCAAUGUUGCCGUGUGCACAAGGCAUCAUCGAAAUAUCGAGCGUUUCUUCCGCCAGCUCGAGCUCAGCCAGUUCCUCCGAUGAUCUUAAUGCACCCACUGUUCACCUGAAACGUUCUCUUUCAACGACUAACGAUGGCCGAGGUAAAGCAGUUGGCCAGAAACUCGCCCAUGCUCUUCGGGAAGCUGAUCUACCCUCAAAAGCCCGGGAUUUACCUGGGCUUAUGGCUCUUGAUCAACCUGUAGCCACCGAGCAUGGCCAAGAAGAGACAAAGAGUCCCCCUUCACGGAUGUCCUCCAUCGAUAGCUCAGCUCAUGCCUAUAUUGACCAGGUUCAAAUGCUACUCCAUGGCCAAAACCGGACAGCUUCUGCUACGGGGAACAAGCAGUCUCCAGGCCUUAGUCCUUUUCGGUUCGCGGCGCUAACUACAUUGUCGCCAAUCGGGUUGCCGGAUGAUUCACUAUCAAAUGAACAACAACAGCAAAAAAGGGCAGACGGCAUUGAGCGUCAUCUUUUACCUCAGAAUUGUUCGACUGAUACGACUGAGCAAGGUCCAAUAAUUGCUCACGAACAUCAUUCCGGAGCUACGCAGACUCCCGAGUCUCAGAAGCCGCUACUCAUUCAGCAGACGCCGUUGCCCGAGAGUCCGAGGACCGGUCUCACUAGUGCUGGACUCAAAAGUAGCAUUGUUGAUCAAAACGGCAGCCCUCGCCUGAAGGAUUCAACCGUCGCAAAUCCUAGUUCUAGAAUGCUUUCACAUGACCAGCUGACAGAAAUGGAUAUCGAUGGCAAUCCGACUACUGCUAAUUUUUAUUACCUCAGCGAAUGCUCCGACAGUGACUGCUCUGACUGCUCUGACUGCUCUUCAGAUGAUGGGCCCAUCCUUCGGUCUAAGCUCCCAUGUUCCAAGUUUAUGCGCACUAUGCUUCUCGAGUACGGACUUGAUCCUCUCAAGGCCCGCGAGCAGCGAGAUUGUGAGCUGUUGGCGGGCAAACAUGAUGCCCCAGCCGAUUCGGACCCCAUGGGGCCAUUCGAAACUUUUUUCUAUCCAUGUCCAGAAGACGACUCAGCAGUCCCUACGCAAGACAGCCAUGCAACUAAUCCUUUCAAUAUCACCAACAGACCAAAAGAGCGCGCUGAAACGACGGGACGAAACUCUAUCAAGUAUCCCUCAGUUGAGCGACCGCGAAGUGCUAUUAAUCCAUCAAAUAAAAUAAUUCCUCCACUCCCAGCUGCCUGCCAGCCCGCCGGUCUCGAUUCAACGGACUGGAUAACAGAUCUUCAAACCGCGCAAAGCUAUGCUCAUAGCCUGUUGAACAAAACAAACCAGAGUCUCUCUAGCCAGCUUGCGACAGAGCAUGAAGCCGUGCGUCACAUCCUGGCACUGUAUCAGACCGGGUGCCACCGCAUUCUGGAUAGCAUUGCCCGGGCACAAGCUAUUCGAAUGCAAGAGGUGUCGACUAUGAAAAACAGGAUUUACCAGGAUAUUAGCUCGGGCUUGCAGGAGCUGACUUGCCGAGUGCAGGAAAUGCAACAGGAGUAG